AGAAGGAAUUCUCUUAUAGGACUAAGACUCACAAGUUGGUGACCUAUUCAGAAGGAAUUCUCUUAUAGGACUAAGACUCACAAGUUGGUGACCUACUUUAAUCAAUCCUACUUUUGAUAUUGCAAAUGUGAUAUAACUUACUGGGAUGCAUUGUUAUUAAAUUUGGAAAUAUUGUCUAUUUUCUCAGAGAUUUAAUGCAACGUUACAAAUUGUAAUAUGUUACCCUUUUGGUUUCAGACUAAUAUUCAAGUCGUGGAAAUUGAUAUUCAUGAUUUCUGAGAUGUUCAUAUCUGACAGGCAGCACACCAAAUCGAGAUGCCUUGAUCUUGUAUUACAUUUAACUUUCUUCUGUUUGUACUAUGAGAUCAUCCUGCAAGGUUCGUCGUGAGAUGAAGAUUCACUGUAGGGAUUGUUAACCAUGUGGUUCACAAUUCUAUGCAUGCUAAAUCGGUGCUGUACUGGUUGACCUAGUUACAGCCUACCAUUACGGGUUUUUUUUUUUUUUUUAAUUAAAUUUUUUUGCCCAUCAGACUCUUUCAGCAUAUGAAUUUCACUAGAUUUGUGAGGGCAUUGGUUUUGAGCAUUUGUUAUUUAUGUUGAAUGGUUUCUUGGAGGAGAAAGAGUGGAGAAAAACCAGUUGAAAUUGCCCAAAGGAUUCAAUUCAAUUUGUUGAUUUUUGACUCUAUUUUUUUUUAUUCUGUGUUUUCUUCAAAAUCAGUUUACCCAUCAUAUCAUAAGCAACUUAUUUUUUUAUGGUUCCAAGUAUUUUCUAGUAUGAAUAUUAGAUAAUGUCGUCUGUGCUUUUACUUUAUUUUUCUUUAUUUAUUGAUUAUCCCACUUCCUCUCCCUCUUACGCAGAGGUUGUUUCUUAUUGUUCCUCUGUGUCUCUGUACCCAUUUGGCGGGGGAGGGUGGGAGAGCAUGUAAAGGUUCUUGCUUGGUUCAUUCUCCUUCCAAAGUAUUUCAUCACUACCAUUUUCUUCUCUGCUUGCUGUCACACCUAUGGGAGUACAUACUUCUUCUCUUAUUAUAGUAAUACGAUCUGAAUCCAUGUGUAAAACAACUGCUGAAGGUACAAUCCAUUUGGAACUCUUGCAGAGUGUUCGACUGCCAAGGGAAACUUCUUCUGCCUUGAAGAUGCGUGGACAAACACCAGCCAUUGGAUAUGACGAAUAUGACUCUGGUACUUCAGAGGUCAUAUCCUCGGAGGUUGGAGUGCAAAGGUUUAACUCAAUGGCUCGUGCAGAUCGUUCGUCAUUUGCCACUGAGGCGGGAAAUCUGCUUCCAUCUUCAGUUGCUAAAACCGCGCAGUCCUCUUCUUCUUACGGAAUCGGAGUGACAGGCAGAGAUGAGGAGGUGAAUUACUUGCGGAGGAAUCAUGGGUCUGAUAACACUCGUCGGCCAUGGGGAAAUUCUGCUGGAUAUAGUUACAGUAAUGGGGUUGAGCUUCAAGGACCUAGAGCUCUAAUUGAUGCUUAUGGAAAUGAUCAAGUGGAAAAAAAAAUUAACCAAAUUAACCAUAAGCCUCCAAAAGUUGAACGCUUGGAUAUAAAUGGCAUUGACAGCAAGGUGGCUACGAAGACAUGGAAGAAUUCUGAAGAGGAAGAGUUUGAUUGGGAAGAUAUGAGCCCAACUUUGGUAGACCGCAGUCGGGCUAAUGAUUUAUUCUCAUCAUCGGGUCCACCUCCUGGAAAUUUUAGGAAUAAACGUGGCUUUGGAGCUCAUGUUGCUGCACCUUUGGAGACUGAUUUCAGAAGAAGUGACUGGCCUAAUCAGGCCCAACUUGCUUUGACUAAUGAUUCCUUGGUUAUUCCUGAAGAUGCAAUUCCAUCGAAGGAUGUAUUUCUGUCUGUCAGUUCUGGCCAUGGAUUGAUCACCAAUAUUUCUGGAAUCCGCAAUGAGACAUCACAGAUUCUAGGUUCUGGUUAUCCUCAACAACCCUGGAAAUUGCAACGGAAUUUCCCUCAGACUUCACAACACAAUUUUAAUGCCAAAAGAAGUUCAAUGAAAAGGGACAUUUCUUCAUCAGUGGGUGAGCAGAAGCCUCCUUUGAUUGGCAGUUUUCCAAAAGCAGAUCCACGACUACGUGGGUCUUCAGCUGUUGUACCAAGAAUAAGUUCAAGUCUUGACUCUUUGACUCCUGAGGUUCGGGCCGCUGCUAUGCCAGCAUCAACAGGAGCAUGGCCCUCUGUAAAUAUUCAGAUAUCCCAUCCACUCCCUUUUCAACCUACUCUUCCCCCAGAGAAACAGAUUAGGGGUCAGUGUGAUUCAAUGUAUGCUACCAAUGCAGUUUUGGAUCAAGGUCUAAAUAAGUCAUUUUUGCCUGAGCAGCAGUUGGAUGGUAGUGGAAGCAAUGUGUUAAGUAAGCUGCCUCAAUUUCUAAACCAACAGCCUGGGCCAAUCCCUUUGAAUCGGCAGAGCCCAGCACAGUUCUCUCAUUUACCGCCACACUUAUUAAUGUCUCGGGAGGUUCACCAAAAUUUGGUUCCACCUGCUGCUUUUUCGACCACUUCUCAUUUAGCGGUACCGCAGUUUAAUAAUAGUUACACCCUGCCAGGGAAUGGUGCUUCCAGAAGUAAUGUAUUACCGAAUCCAAUUCAUGGUGUACAAUCGUCUAUGCCAAUGCUUAAUACUCCGAACACAUCCUUACAUUUUCCUGGGGGAGCCUUACCACCUCUGCCUCCAGGCCCCCCUCCGACUUCAUCUCAUAUGAUACCUAUAUCCCAUUAUCCAAAUCCCAUUGCCCCUAACCCUCCUGCUGGGAGUGCACUUUCAGGUUUGGUUAGUUCUCUGAUGGCCCAAGGUUUAAUUUCAUUGACAAAACAAGCUCCUGCUCAGGAUUCUGUGGGACUCGAGUUUGAUCUGGACCUCCUUAAGGUGCGUCACGAGUCUGCAAUAACUGCUCUAUAUGCUGAUCUUCCCAGACAAUGCACAACAUGUGGGCUUCGAUUCAAAUGUCAAGAGGAACACAGUAGUCAUAUGGAUUGGCAUGUGACCAAGAACCGGAUGUCAAAAAACCGUAAGCAGAAGCCAUCGCGUAAGUGGUUUGUAAGUGUCAGUAUGUGGCUCAGGGGUGCAGAGGCAUUGGGAACUGAUGCAGUUCCCGGGUUUUUACCCCCUGAAAACAUUGACGAAAGCAAGGAUGAUGAAGAAAUGGCUGUACCUGCUGAUGAGAAUCAAAAUGUUUGUGCACUUUGUGGAGAGCCUUUUGAUGAUUUUUAUAGUGAUGAGACUGAAGAAUGGAUGUAUAGGGGGGCUGUCUACAUGAAUGCACCCACUGGAUCAGCAGCAGGGAUGGAUAGGUCUCAGUUAGGUCCUAUAGUGCAUGCUAAAUGCAGGUCUGAUUCUAGUGCGGUUUCCCCUGAAGAUCUGGGCAAAGACGAAGGGGGAUAUUCUGAAGAGGGUAGUCAAAGGAAACGGAUGCGGAAUUAGCUUGAUUAGGACAGGCUCCCUAGGUUCUCUGUAACUCAUAUGAGUUUUCUCAUGCUAAUUGCCUGCUCUUAAUUUUUAUUUAGCGUUGGAGCUGGCAGAACCUUGGUUUCAUGCUAGAAUCAUGUACAUGUAUAGUUGGAUUUGUACCAUGCAAUUUCUCUUGCAGCAAAAGAUUACGAAUACCCUUCCGGCAUUACCCUUCUUCCAUUCUUGUCAUUGUCUUUUGCAUCGAAGCUGGUAUGUGUAAUGUGGGAUCCUGAAGUCUUCGAAAAUUUCCCCCAACUGGUGUCUUCUAUGUUUUAAUGAUCCUUGAAACUAAACUGAGUCUUAUGACUAUUAAGUGUUCAUUCUAAUAAUCAGAUGGCCUGUUGAGGGGGUAUACUACUGUAGUUUCUGCGUUUGCAAUUCAGUUUUUUUUUUGCAGGGGGAAGCAUUUCCCAAUAGCUCCCACAAGCACAGAGUUUGAGACACUUCUACUGGUUUCAUCAAGCCGAUGGAGUAGCUUGUAGCAGAGUAGUUUCUCUCUGCAACUGAAAGCCAUGGUGGCUUCUGCAUCAUUUCGCUUCAAUAGUACUGUGUAGAUAAUUUUUUUUCUUGUUUUUGUGAACCAUUUUCAUGGAGACCUCAUUUCUGUAAUUUGGGGAAGCUCAGAUCUUAUCUGACCCCCAUUUCCACUGAUAUGAUUGUUUCUGUUGUGUUUCAUUUGCCUUAAUUGUACUGGA